GUGGCGAGAGUAGCAGAUGCAUCUCUGUUCAGUCGCCACCGUCUUCAUCUUCCCUCAAGCUCGCACAAAUUAGAUCAUUCGUUCUUAGACCCCCGCGAUUCAUAUUGGACGUUUCUUAUUUCAUUUGGAAUAACUUCUGAGAACCCCGUCCCUGCUUCCUGUUCAAGAUGUUCAAAAAGUUCUCCUCAGAAGAUGUGUCUGCACAAAACCAAGUGAAGGCAUCUGUUCAAAGAAAAAUACGACAAAGUAUUGCAGAAGAGUACCCAGGACUUGAGCCGGUAUUAGAUGACAUCCUUCCAAAGAAGUCCCCUCUUAUAGUUGCUAAAUGUCAGAACCAUCUGAAUCUUGUUCUAGUGAACAAUGUGCCUUUGUUUUUCAGCAUCCGUGAUGGACCAUACAUGCCCACGUUACGACUUCUCCAUCAGUAUCCUAAUAUAAUGAAGAAAUUACAAGUUGACCGAGGUGCAAUAAAAUUUGUCUUGGCGGGUGCCAAUAUAAUGUGUCCUGGGCUCACAUCUCCUGGGGGUCUUCUGGAUGAGGAGGUGGAAGCGGAAACCCCUGUGGCAAUCAUGGCUGAAGGAAAGCAGCACGCUCUUGCUAUUGGCUUUACAAAAAUGUCUGCAAAAGACAUAAAAUCAAUUAACAAGGGAAUUGGGGUCGACAACCUGCAUUAUCUCAAUGAUGGUCUUUGGAAGAUGGAGCGGCUUGAUUGAAGGUGUUUAAACUUUUAAUGGCUGUUGCAAUGCCAACUGUGUAACAGUGUGAUUUAGUGCUCCAUGUUUAAACAAGGCUGCUUUCAUGUGUUUGGAGAUUGAUCCUGGGCUCCGAAUCACGCGCACAUCUGAUGAUUCAUUUUCUUAUACAUGUAAAAAGUAUUUUUAAAAAAACAAAACACAACAGGGAGUUCUUUGCACGGAUCUCUUGUCAGAUACUUGUGCUGGUCCGUGUAGCUUUGCUUGAUGUUUCUUAUGUGCCCUGACAAAUACGAAGCUAUGGUGGUUUCCUAUUAAAUUUUACAACUUCGUACUUGGUUAAAUUGAAGCCAUCUGAAUCUUUUUUCCC